GAUCCAAAUUUCAAUGGCACUAACGUAGAUGUGAAUGUUUUGUGUGAACACGGUGAGCCGGCCGAGCGUUUUGUUGCAUUUGAAGGGAUGCACACGGGCAGGAGGUUUCUUGGAUGUGCUAAGAAGGAAGGCAUAAACUGUGGAGUAGUUCAAUGGAUUGAUUUUGAAUGGCCAAACUCAACGGAGAAGGCAUUGGCCAAGCUAUGGGAUAUGUAUGAGGAGAUUAAGUCAGCUAGGACCAAUGACAAUCUAGAGAGUUCCUUUGCAAUUCACAACCUGACAGAAGAGAAGAAGAAACUACAGGAGAACUAUGACAGUUUGUAUGCUGAUGUGAAUGCUCUUUUGGAUGCCCAGCAGCAGAGGGGUGUGGAGUUAACCAAUCAAAAGGAGCAAAAGCAAUAUCUUGAAGUGAAGAUUGCUGAGCUAGAAACUGUAGUUGGCAACUUGAAGGCAGCUGUCAAAGAAAGAGGAGGAGAAGAAGAAACUACAGGAGAACUAUGCCAGUUUGUAUGCUGAUGUGAAUUCUCUCUUGGAUGCCCAGCAGCAGAGGGGUGUGGAGUUAAACAAUCAAAAGGACCAGAAGGAAUAUGUUGAUGUGAAGAUUGUUGAGCUUGAAACUAUAGUGGGGAACUUGAAGGUAGAGCUGUCAAAGACAGAGGAGGAGGAGAAGAAGAUGCUUCAAAACUAUGAAACUCUGAAGAACCUCACAGGUGCUCAAGCCAAUGUGAUUAGGAACUUGAAGUUUAAUCAUUUGAAGGAGAAGGAGAGGCUGACAGAAGAGAGGCUUAAACUGCAGUAUCACAUUUCUGAGCUUGGAAAGUCUGAGAAAAAGAUAAAGUUGAAGCUUCAGGGUGUGAAGGCCAUAUUAGAUGAGUAGGGUGCCUUCUAAUAUGAUAAUCAUCUAUCAGUUUCUAGAUGAUAAUCUUCUAUCCAAUACUUUAGUAUGAAUUUGUGACCCAAAUACUUCAGUGAUGAAUUUGUGAUCUAUGGUGUUGGAUCCAGCAGUGUUGUAAUCUAGAUGAUAAUCAUCUAUUAAGUACUUUAGUAUCUAUUUCUGAACCUUUAUGUA